UUUAAACCUCGAGUUGGUACCUCAGUAACACAUCCCAAAAACUGACUCAGCAACCGAACAUAACAUACACUGCUCCUCAGUUUUUGCCCCGAGAUGAGGAAUCCCACAAUUCCCAUGCAUCUGUCUGUUCAUUGUCUUCAUCCAUCUUUUUCAUUUCUUUAAUCCAAAAUAGACACCCAAUGCCUUUAAGUGUCUCCUACUUCAAACCACUCUCAUGAAUCAUUUCAUAACACAACCCAUAAAACUCAACCUCCCCCCAUGUGCCUUCACAUGCAUUCCAAUGAAACACCACUCAACUAAACUAAUUUCCUAAGCCUAUUAAUUUCCAUUUAUAAGCAUUGUUGUUAACUUAAAAAAUUUAAACAACCACUUUUGACUUCACAUUCACAAAGCUAUGGAUCUUUGCAAAAGUAGAGCAACAACCACCAUUACUCUCUCAUGUCUCAUCUUCUUUGUUUCUUCAUUCUACACAAUCUCCACCGCUAAAUCUGUCACGAAUCCGCUCUAUCAACUCCUUCUGUUCAUCGGCUUCUUCCUCGCUGCAGCCUUGUCGCUUGUUUUACUGGUGGCAGCAGCACGAGCCACCAUGGUUGCGUGGAUAACGGUCCUCGUCUUACUGGCCUUUUCGGGUACACGUCGCCGUGUUUUAGCGCGGAGGGGGAAGACGAUCACGGCGGACGUGGCGAUGAGCUUGUUCAGGGUUCUGAUUAGAGAAGCAAAUCCUCGUGGUUAGUCUCAUGAAGAUUGUUUGUUGUUAGAGAGUAUUUACAUAUCACUUUUGUAUAUAACAAAAAUAUAUGUAUUUUUGUGAAUGAUUUUUCCCCUUUUGUGUAUUUAUUUAUUCGAAUUUUAAUUUUAAUAUAUACAUAAUGUAUGUGUGCUUUAAAUGUUUAUUCAAUACUUCUAUAGUUACAAUUUUCUAUAGAAUUAAUCUUUAGAUGUUAAAAAAAUGUUUUAAUCUUUCUAAUACG